AUGCGCUGCGCCAUGAGCAGCAGCAGCAGCAGCACCAGCACUAGCAGCAGCGGCCUGCUCACGGUGCGCGCCUCCGCAGCCGCCAUGCACGCCCUCCAUUCGGGAUCGCUGUCUGUGUCGUCGACGCUUCCGACAAGCCUGACCGCCCUUCGCACGAUGCGCGGCGCCGCUACCAUUGUAGUCCCGGUGCGCGCCUCGUUCUUCGCCGGAGCCGCGGUCUCGCCGAUGGCGACAGCGUGCUCGUCGCUCUUCGCUGCGCAGCGCUGCUACGGCGUCGCCAGAGCCACCCGCGUUGCGCGCUCCCCAAAGAAGAGCAGCGAAGGCAGCGGUCAGCUGCAGGGCGUCAACAACCUCGAGCGGUACAAGGGAGAGGAAGAGGAGGAGCAGAAGGAUGGCGGUGGCAACGAGCAGGAGAACCCGUUCAACAUGAACUCCGGCCCGGGCUACCUGCCCUUUCCCCCACCAUUUCAUACCAUCAACAUCGUCAUGAUCCUCUUCCUCGCCAACGUGAUGUGCUACCUGAUCAUGAACCUCGGCAGCGACGACUGGCGCGACUUCGUGGUCGAGCACUGCACUCUCUCACACGAGAACUGGGCACGCAUCUACCCCCUCUUCACGAACGCCUUCUAUCAAGAGAACAUCCUCCAACUGCUCAUUGACUGCUGGCUGCUCUGGCAAUUUGGCGACACGAUGCUGGGCUUCCUCGGCAACACGCGCAUGACCUUCUUCGCGCUGCUCUGCACGCUCGGCGGCAGCGUCAUCCAUGUGGCGCGGCAGAAAUUUGAGCUGUACUAUGGCAUGGACGAGCUGGAGGUGCGUGGGCGCUGCUACGGGCCGAACCCGUUCAUCAUGGGUCUCGUGGCGAUCGAGGGGCUCAUUUUCCGUCACCUGAACUUCAUUCAGCAGCCGCCGAUCCCCUUCCUCGUGCUGACGGCGUUCGUUAUGGUGAUCGACGUCUGGCGCAUCUUCACAACGAAGCCGGAGGAGCACGGCGCGGCCACCGGCGGCGCCCUCAUGGCGUACCUCUUCUGGGCCCUGCCGACCCGCAUGCUGGGUCUCGACAAGCUCACGGCCACGCUUUAA